AUGGCAGAUCCUCGCUGGCCCAGGCCCAUCCUCCAUCGCAGCGGCGGCAGCAACAACAACAACAACUGCAACAUCAUCCUACAGACGGUUAGCCUUGACAAGGACGCAUACAGCGCCAUCGGCAUCUGCAGCGCAAGCUGCCUCCCCAACUCCCGCCUGCCACUCCCUCCCGCGGCAACACGGCAAUCCGCCGCCGCGUCUUUCCAAAUCGAUUCCCCUGACAACAAAGACGAAGGCCGUUCUGACAUCACUACGGCCUCAGAACAAGGCGCCGACGCCCGCAGGCUCGCCAGCAGGGGCUCUCCCUCCAGUCGCCAUCAUCGCCGGAGGUCCAAAGCCCGCACAUCCAAGAACGAGAAGGUAGCUGUUCAAGACGGAGCAAACAGCGUAGGUGCGAACCUCAACGGCGCGUCCGCUAGUGCUAAUGCUGGUAUUGAUACCGGUACUCGCACUGGCACUGCUGGUACUGUUGUCGCUGCUGCUGAUGAUGGUGAAGUAAGAGGGAUAGCUGACGGCGGACUCCGUGUGGCUCCGCUGGUUAAGGUGGUUGGAGAUACGCCCUCCGCAGCCGCCGCGUCGGCGCUGUCGCACGCCCUGGGAAUGGAGCAACGUGCGGUGGUGCGCUUCGACGGCGGCGCCGGAGCGCUCAAAGGGCUGCGAACCCUAACCUUGGCGAACAUGUUUAUGGGGGGCUACCAGAGGGGGCUUAGUUUUGUAGUCGACGUAAGGCAGGUGGAGUACGGCAAGCCAUCGCCGUUGGACGAGCGGCCUCAAUCGGGCGACGUGUCGUUCGUGUACCGGGUUAUGGCGCGCGCGAGAUCCCAGGGGACGUGUGAUAAGGAGCUGACGGCCGCCAUGCGUCGAACGCGUUUUCUACUGGAUCUGUCUAUCAAUGUACGACAAGCCUGGGACAUGAAGGGUGACGUGGAUGAGGAGCAGGCGUACGACUUGGCGGACACACUGUACGGCGCCCUGUUGGCACAGCAGGCGGAGGAGGAUUCGGAGCUGUUGCUGCGUCAGCAGCAGCAAGAGUUGGAGGAAGAUGACGAUGAAGAUGAAGGGACGGCGGCAGAACAAGCGCGGCUGGGCCACCAGGAUUACGCAUCUUCUCUACAUCUCGACCGCACGCUGUUCCCAGCGGACGAUGCGAUGGAAGAGCGAUUUAGCGGAAGAGGACGGCAUCAUCAUCAUCAUCAGCAGCAGCAGCAGCCGCCACUGCCACCCCCGUGGAUUAUCGUGACUGCGGAUCUGGGUCAGGGUCCAACUAUGUUGACGGCGCUGGGGUUGCUUCAGAAGCGUCUCCGGGAGGAGAGACAAAAGGCGGUGGCAGAGGCCACGCUGUACAGGGCUUCCGUCGCAGCGCCCAGGCUCAAUGGCAGGGACGGCUGGGUUUUCGUCAUCAAGCUGGGCUUUGAAACGCCGUACUUGCCGCCUUACUCACGUCCAGCCGCCGACGUGACAAGACAGAAAGCGACUGAGCGGAAAUUCUCUUCACCGCCACCUACCGCGUCAUCAUCAUCAUCAUCAUGGUCGCCAUCAAUAGCGUCGACGGCACCGCUAGUGCGGGAAAAGGAGGACCGGCAGGAAAAAGGGGAGUGGCGGCAGCGGCAGCGGCAGCGGCGAGAACCGUCGGGGCGGGCUGGCGGGCAAGGUACGACAGCUACUGCUGCCGCCGCUACAGCUAAUGCCAAGUCGGCUAUUGCCAAGGAUGCCGGCGUUUCCGUGACCGCGACGGGGGGCAGCUAG